UGAUUAUAAAGUUGGAUUUAUAGGAAUUAGGGAUGGUUUAGAAUCUAGGUCUAGAGAUUUACCUAGUGAACCUAGUUGUUUGAGAAAUACAAGCCCGAUUGCCCGAGGAUUAGGGUUUAGGAACACUAGCCCAUCUAAGCAGAAAGUGAUUAAGACGAAACCGAGAGGUUUAGAUGAGGAAAUGGUAGCUACAUUUUCUAAGGCUAUACACCCUGAUGUUCAUAUGGAAGAUAAUAUAUGGGCAUUGUUACCUGAGGAUUUGUUGCAUGAAAUAUUAGCUAGGGUUCCGCCUUUUAUGAUAUUUCGUUUGCGUUGUGUUUGUAAGAGAUGGAAUUCGAUAUUGCAGGAUAACGGGUUUCUUAAGUUUCAUUCACAAGUUCCAUCACACGGGCCUUGUCUUCUUACGUUUUGGAAGAAUUUGCAGACACCUCAGUGUUCUGUUUUUAGCUUGCCAUUGAAACAAUGGUAUAAGAUUCCUUUUACGUUUUUGCCUUAUUGGGCGUUUUGGUUGGUUAGUGCUUCGGGUGGACUUGUUUGCUUUUCGGGUCAUGAUGGUUUGACUUUUAAAACGUUGAUUUGUAAUCCGCUGACACAGAGUUGGAGAACUUUACCUAGUAUGCAUUAUAAUCAGCAAAGACAGUUGAUUAUGGUUGUUGAUAGAAAGAAACAGUCUUAUAAGGUUAUUGCUGCUAGUGACAUAUAUGGGGACAAAUCACUUCCUACUGAGGUAUAUGAUUCGAUACAUGACAGUUGGUCACUUCACCAGACAAUGCCAGCGGUUAAUCUUUGCUCGUCAAAGAUGGCAUUUUGUGACUCAAGGUUAUACUUGGAAACAAUUUCGCCUAUUGGAUUGAUGAUGUAUCAACUGGAUGCAGGAUAUUGGGAACAUAUACCUGCAAAGUUCCCACAGUCUUUAUUAGAUGGGUAUUUGGUUGCUGGUGCUAAAAAGCGGUUGUUUCUAGUUGGAAGAAUCGGUCUUUAUAGUACUCUUCAGAGUAUGAGAGUUUGGGAAUUGGAUCAUGUGAAAGUGAUUUGGAUUGAGAUAAGUAGAAUGCCUCCGAGGUACUUUAGAGCUCUCUUGAGGUUGUCAGCGGAGAGAUUUGAGUGCUUUGGACAGGAUAACUUGAUCUGUUUUACAUCUUGGAAUCAAGGUAAAGGUCUGCUCUUUGAUGUCGAUAAAAAGGUGUGGUCUUGGAUAGCUGGCUGUGCUCUGCAGUCAUAUAACAGUCAGGUCUGUUUCUAUGAGCCACGGUUUGACGCUUCAAUCUACUGAACUGGAAAUUUGGCCAGUUGGUAACCUGAAGGAACUCUGUAGCUCCAAUAUGGUCAUGGCGAUUGGGUCCAUGAUCAUCCACCUGGUCCGUCUGCCAGCAUUUAUCCGUGCCAAAAGAAGUGUCUUCAAACAAUAUUUCAAUCUUCUGGGGAAGUGGCUAUACACCCAAUUUUGACAAGAAAUGUUAGACUUAAAAAAUAAUUUAUGAAAAAAUGUUUAUAAAGGUGAACUGAUCCCAUUAACAAAAAGAGAAGAAGAAGUGAGAAAAAAUAAGUUAUAUCAUAUGGGGCCACACCUGUUUGUAAGAAUCUGUUAUAAUUGUUCCUAGAUGUAACUUUCUCUGUCUGAGAUCAGUGUUCAUACUUUAUACAAGGUAGUCUGAGGACACAAUGUUUAUAUUUUUUUACAUUAAAACCUGUUAGUAUACUUCUUGAAAUUGGUUUAUAGAUGCAA